AUGAUCCUGGUUCAGAGCUUCAAGCGCAAUUCUGACCUUCAGCGCCAUUACAGAAUCCACACCAACGAGCGUCCUUAUCCUUGCUCUAUUCCCGGCUGUGAAAAAAGUUUCAUCCAGCGCAGCGCCCUGAUCAUUCACAUCCGCACUCAUACCGGUGAGAAGCCUCAUGAAUGCCCGGACUGCGGCAAGCGCUUCUCCGACUCUUCCUCUCGUGCCCGUCAUCGCCGAGUUCACACCGGCAAGCGUCCCUACAAAUGCGAACUCGAGGACUGCACCAAGAGCUUCUGCCGUAAAAACACCAUGAUGAAGCACCAGCGCAGCUGUCACCAGACUACUGUGUCUUAUCCCGUCUCUUCCAUCAAUGAACAGCUUUUGUUCGAUAGCAGCUAUGCGAUGCGCCAUAAUUCUUUCGUCGACUUCUAUCAGCCAAUAUACUACAAUAUGCAAAGCUUCGGCAACUACACUCCUCAGCAUCAGUCGAGUACGUCCCAGUACUACUACGCCCCUUGGCAACCUCCCAACACUAUUGAGCAGGGCAACUCGAGCAUCGAUAUUCUGCAGAGCGACAUUCAGCCCGACUUGUCGGCUCCUCUCGUUCCCUUCAGAACGUAA